UCUUGAACGUUCAAAAAUGUUGUUUCGGAUACGAGUAAUAUAAAUAAUCCCUUAUUAGUGCAAUAAAUCGUGUUACGGAAAGAAUAAAAAUGUCGUCACACACUGCACCGAUCGUUGAAGAAUUGGCCAAGGAUUAUGCCAAUUAUUUAAAAUUUGACAUAUCCAGCCAGAUGAAGACGUUCGAUGACACGAUCGAAGAUGUAAUGAUGCGUUUAGAAGAAUUUCAAUCGAUCAUUGAAAUGGUUCAAUCUGAGAGUAGCCAAUGUACCGACCAAUAUGUUCCAAGAUUACGAGAUAUGCAACCAGAAAUUGCAAAUCUUUGUAGACGAAUAGAUGCUUUAGAACAUGUUAUAGCAAUGGUUAAUGUCAAUCUGACUACCUUGGAAGCUGCUGUUGAUAAUGCAGAAGCUGAAUUAGGCAUUUCUGACAGAUUAUUUGGAAUGUUAAACCCGUUGUCUUUCUUUAAAAAAACUCAGGAACCUGUUAUACCAAACAGACUACCGAUGUAUGAGCCUCCGACAAUUUAUAGAACCAAUGAUUACUUUAAAAGUGAAUGA